AGUGAGAGCUCUGUCGGCGUCUCUGCGGCGGGAUCGUUUGUCUUGGGCGGGUCACGUGGUGUCCGGCAAGUUUCCGUGUUUACAGACCGUCGCUGCAGCAGCUCGGGAGGAUGUGGAGCCGUCAUGGCCUUUUUAAAGACACAAGAACGGGCUAAAGGAAGGUUUUCUCUUCUGAUGCUCGAUUUGGAGGAGUACUUUUUCGAGCAGCACACUGCGUACGAUGUGACAGUUCGCUCACCCAGAAAGUCCAGAGGAUCCUUUAAGGUCUGCUCCAGGUCCAUUAUAUUUGAUCCAGAAGAUUGCACUGAACCAAUAAUAAAGAUACCAUUUCGAGACUGUCAGAAGAUCGAAAUUUUGGAAAAAGACAGGAACCCCUUCCACGAGCCCAAACCGUCUUCCAUUUCUAUUCUAUGUGGACAAGUCAUUUACAUCAAAGAAAGCAAUGUCAUCGCGCCCUAUAGAAUUGAAAGGACCACAAAGAAGCUGGUCUUUCAGUUGGAGAUCUGGAAUAAAACAGAAGACAUUGUUCAAACGCUGCUGCAGCUCCACCGAGCAUCUUGUCUGGAAAAACUGGGCGAUCAGACUGCAAUGAUUGAAGCCAAUCUCCAGUCCCGACUUGCAAGAACAGCGUUCGACAAGUACUGCUUCCAGAGUGUCGCAGAGAAGCCACACAUGGAGUGUGCGGUGGAGAUGGUCAGUCCUCUGGUGUCCAACCCGGGCCACGUCUGUGUAACCAAUGAGAACCUUUACUUCCAACCGUUGAGUGGAUAUCCGGACAAGGUGAUUCGGAUCAAACUCAGCAGAGUCAGAAGGAUAUACAAGCGCCGCCAUGGACUAAGGCCCCUGGGACUGGAGGUUUUCUGCAGCGAAAACGACUUCUGCUCCGACAUCUACCUGAAGUUCUACAGCACCACAGACAGAGACGACAUUUACUACUACAUUGCCACUUUCCUGGAGAACCACGUGACAGAGCAGACAGCAGAGAGCUUCAUGCUGCUGUGGCAGCGUGGGCUGUUGAGUAACUACCAGUAUCUCCUCCACCUCAACAACCUGGCUGACCGCAGCUGCAACGACCUCUCCCAGUAUCCCGUCUUUCCCUGGGUCAUCGCUGACUACACCAGCGCAGAACUAGAUAUGACUAACCCGUCCAGCUUCAGAGACCUCAGCAAACCCAUCGGUGCCCUGAACCAAGAGCGCUUGGACAGACUGCUGGCUCGCUACUACGGGAUGCCCGAGCCUCGCUUCAUGUAUGGAAGCCACUACUCAUCUCCAGGAUACGUCCUUUUCUACCUGAUGCGAGUCGCUCCAGAGCACAUGUUGUGCCUCCAGAACGGGCGCUACGAUCACGCGGAUCGCAUGUUCAACAGUGUUGCGGAAACCUGGAAGAACUGCUUGGAAGGAGCGACGGACUUCAAAGAGUUGGUACCAGAGUUUUACGGCUCUGACCCGAGCUUUCUGGAGAAUAAACUCAAUCUGGAUUUGGGGAGAAAACAGAGUGGAAGCCUAGUGGGAGAUGUCAUCCUCCCGCCGUGGGCGUCAGAUGUCAGCGAUUUUCUGCAGAAGAACAGCAUGGCACUAGAGAGUGAGUUUGUGUCAGAGCACCUCCACGAGUGGAUUGACUUGGUGUUUGGCUUCAAACAGAGAGGAACUGCAGCCGAAGCAGCUCAGAACGGUAAACUGCGCUGGUACCAUCUGUGGAUUUCUCAUUUGCCUGUCGAGUCUAAACCCACUUUGGUUUGUGGUCUUGCAGUGUUUCACCCUCUCACUUACGAAGGCGGCAUCGACUGCGACAGCAUCGACGACCCGGACGAGAGAAUCGCCAUGCUGACACAAAUACUGGAGUUCGGCCAGACGCCCACCCAGCUCUUCACCAGUCCUCACCCGCAGAGGAUCACCUCCAAGCUGCAGACCAUCACGCGAAGUUCUAGCAUCAACUCACCAAACAGUGACUUCUCUCCAGUGUCGGCGAAUGAGGAUUCAUCGUUCGAAGACCUGACGGAGGAGAGCAGGAAGAUGGCCUGGGGCAACAUGGGCAACUUGACAGCAGUCACCAAACACAAGAUCCAUAAAGAAGCAGUGACGGGCAUCGCAGUGACUCGAGAUGGAAGCGCCGUUUUCUCCACGUCCCAAGAUUCCACGCUGAAGAUGUUUUCCAAGGAGAUGAGGGAGUUCCAGAGAAGCAUGUCUUUCUCCAACAUGGCUUUGUCCUCCUGCCUGAUGCUGGCUGAUGGGAAGACGGUCGUCUGCUCCUCCUGGGACAACAACGUAUAUUUCUACUCGAUCCCGUUUGGCCGGCGCCAGGACACGCUCAUGGGUCACGACGACGCCGUCAGCGCAGUGUGUUGGUUUAAUGACCAGCUGUACACGGCGUCCUGGGACUCCACAGUGAAGGUGUGGAAGUGUUCGCCUGAGAGUUUGAGCAGCCACAAGAGGUCGCAAUUUCCGCUGCUUGCUGAGUUGGAACAUGACGCUGGGGUCAACACUGCUGGUCUGAAUCCGUCUGGGUCUCUCCUGGCGACCGGCUGUAAAGAUGGCUCCAUCUCUAUCUGGGACACCGGCAGCUUCGGAGGCCUGCAGCAGGUCCACUGUCACAGCGGGACCAUCCUCCAUCUAUCGUUCAGUCCCGAUAGUCGGAAUGUUCUUAGUGUUGGGGAGGACUGUUGCAUGAAAGUCACAGACGUCCAGACCGGAAUGGUGAUGUCAUCGGUGAAGGCUGCAGAGGAGCAAAGGUGUUUCUGCUGGGACGGGAGCACAGUCUUAUGUGGGGGGCAGUCAGGUGACCUCCUUCUGUGGGAUCUGCUGAGCAACACUCUGAUCAAAAGGAUUCCUGCUCACUCAGGUCCAGUCACCAGCAUGUGGAUGAACGAGCUCUGCACGAGCGUGAUCACGGGCGGCGAGGACAGGCAGACCAUCUUCUGGAAGAUGGACUCCUAAGGACUCUGGGUACAAAAACCUUUCGCAUUAUACUCGACAAAGAAGCAUCUUGAUUAUCAGCAUAUAAAACCACAGAGUGGACACUGGCAACACUGUGCGAGGAGCGAUGUUCGUAGUCUCUCAGGAAAUCCAAAGUAGGUCAAAUAGAGUUGCUGGCUUCAGUCUCAUUGACAGGAAGUUGUCAUUUGUAUUAUUUUUUUUGUUUGCUGUGUACAUUUUUUUAUCUCUAGAUUUUAUUCUCCUGAUACGCUGUGCUGUUGUACAUGUUUGGAUGCCGGGUUAUCUUUCUUUCCCUUGUUGCUCUGUGGCAGGACUGUACACGCCUGUAGUGUUUGCAUAAUAAAUCAUAUCAACCAUGGACUUCAA